AUGAAUGACUGGCCAUUAAGCGAUUGUGUAGGAAUGUGUUGCUUUGAUGAACAAAGUAAGAGAAAUACCUCUUCGCCAGAAACAUGCUCAUUUAAUGAUUCGGAUGGUAUAACAAAACCAGUUACUUUCAAAACUUUUGAAGAUAUUCCUGGACCUAAAGGAUUGCCAAUAUUGGGUAAUGUUAUUGACCUUGUAAAGGUUUCAGCCAAUCCUUUCGAUUAUUUUGCUGAUUUGAUAAGAGAAUAUGGGGAAAUUGUGAAAAUUACAGCCUUCAACAAAAAGAUGAUUCUCCUGGCCAAUCCAGAAAUGAUGAUGGAACUAAUGAAGAAAGAUGAAGGGAGAAUAACAUUGGAGGCUUUCAGGAAAUUCAAAUUGGAGAGAAAUAUGGCUCUAGCUCCAGUGGAAAUGUACUAUGAGGAGAAUUGGCAACAAGUGAGACAAUUGUUCAAUGUUGCAAUGAAACCUGAAUUUUUGGAAACUAUAGUUAUUCCACAAGUGACUGAACUAGGCAGUGAAUUACUUCACUCUAUAGUAAAGAAUUUGAAACCUUUGGGAAAUGAUACUUAUGAAUUGUCAAAUUCAAUUAACGUUAUCAAUAGAUAUGCAUUCAAUACAGUUAUCAAAACUUUCCUUGGUGUGAAAAUGAAUGAUGAGCUUGCUAAGCAAUUACCAUUUGAUAUUAAUGGAUUUGUAAAUAAUGUAGUGGUAGGAUUGGAUCUAGUUUUGCGAAUUCAAAAUGGUCCCCCUCUCUUUAAAUUAUUCAAAACAAAGGAUUAUAGAAUUAUGGAGGAAAAUAUGAUACAAAGCUUUGAACGAGCCCAGUACUGUAUUGAUUUAUUUGGAAAGGAGCAACCAGUUGGGAGUAAACCGAGAAUGAAAGAAUUACUGGAUGAAAGGUCAAAAACCAUGGAUAGAGGCCAAGAUAAUGUGACAAUGGUAAUGGCUUCCUUCUUAAUGGCAGGUUCUGAUGUUACAAGCCGCGUUAUGUCUGUCCUUUUGCAUAGAAUAGCUCAUGAACCAGAGUAUCAGGAUAAACUCUAUGAAGAAUUGGAGGAGGUUUUUGGAGAACCAACACUCAGUGAGUACACCUCAGAGAAUGGACUCGAGUUAACCAAUGAAAAAUUGAAGAAAUGCAAAUUAGUGAGGAAUUUUGUUGAGGAGAAUAUGAGACUCAAUCACCUUGCAAAAAUUUCAACAGCCAGAAGAUUAAGUAAGGAUAUUACUGUUGGAGAGUACUUGUUCGAGAAGGAUACUCAAGUAAUGAUGUUUGAAGAUCCUCAAUUCACUGAGGAAUACAUACCCAAUAGCACACAAUUCAUUCCUGAGAGACACGAGAAGGGUAAUCCUAAUGCAAUUCUCAAAACAUUUCCAGGUCCUUUUGGAAGAGGUGCAAGAAAAUGUCCAGGUGAAAGGGUGGCCUUUGUUGAAAUGUGGCAAUUUGUAAUUAAUAUUGUAAGAAAUUUCACAGUAUCUCACAAGGAAUUUCCAAAAUUUGAAAUUGGUACUUCACUCUACUAUGUGGAUAUGGAAAAGUAUAAGGUUGAAUUCACCCCACGUAAACAUCUUGCCCAACUUGUCAGAAAUAGUGAAAAAUUAUUGUAA